AUGACUAUAUUACACGGGUCAGCCAGAUCGCCCCACACCUGCCGCCUUCCUGUGGGUCAGCUGCCCCCGUGCCAGCCAGUAAUGCUGCCGCUUCUGCUCCUCCUGGUACCCGGACUCCUGCCCAGCGCAGCUUCCUCGAAGUCACACGUGCACCGACGAGGGCUCGUAGAACUGGCAGGGACCAUACACUGUGUUGGCCCCCGCAACCCUCUGGCCUACAUUAGCUACGGCUGCUACUGUGGCCUGGGAGGCCGAGGCGAGCCCGUUGAUGCCAUUGACCGGUGCUGCUAUCAUCAUGAUUGCUGCUACCAGCGCGCCAAGAAGGAGGCUGGCUGCAUCACCAAGCUGCAGUCCUACCCCUGGACAUGCAACGAUCAGCGCAUUGAAUGUGGACCAACGGAGGAUAAAUGUGAAGAACUUUUGUGCAAGUGUGACCAGGAGCUUGCUUACUGCUUAGCCCCAGCUGAGUACCAUUUAAAGUACCUCUUCUAUCCACGUUUCUUAUGUGGGUCGGGCCCGCUCAAAUGUGACUGA